CCGAAGGAGUAGAGGCCACGAUAUUGUUGACUUUCUCUCCCCUCCGUAAAUAACAUUUUUUUUAAAAAGCUCCUCCACAAAUUCAUCAGUCAUUUCAGAUUUUCAGUGAUUUCACUACUAUUUAUACAUCCUACAAAAAUCUCAAUCAAUUUCCAAGCCAAUUAAAAAAAAGAAAACGGAAUACCAGAUCUGAUCAACCAAUCAAUCAACCCCAAGAAACGAUGUCGUACUACCCAAGAGGCCGCGGCGGAGACAACGACGGCGAUGACUUUGAAGAGUAUGAUCCAACCCCCUACGGCGGAGGAUACGACCAAUCACUCACCUACGGUCGCCCUAUCUCUCCUUGCGAGGAGACUUGCUACCCUCCUUCCUCCUCCGGAGGUGGUGGUGGGAUUGACUACGAUCGUCCUCAAUACACCUCCUACGCCGAACCUUCUGCUUACGGUGAGGAGGCUCAGGAGAAUGAGUACAAGAGCUACGGCCGCCCAAGUUCUCGUACGCCCAUCACUUACGGCGGAACACCCCAACCCGCUCCUGCGUACGGGAGUGGGUCUGGGUUUCAGCCCAAACUUCCCCAACCUUAUGGAGGUGGGGGAGUAGGCGGUGGAUCGGAAUAUGAAUCUGGGUAUGGCGGGAAACCCCAGUAUGAAGCUCCUUCAUCGGAGUAUGGUUCUGGGUAUGGGAGGAAGCCUGAGUAUGAAGCUCCGGCACCGGAGUAUGGAUCGGGAUAUGGAAGGAAAACUGAGUACGAAGCUCCGACACCGGAAUAUGAAUCUGGGUACGGGAGGAAAACAGAGUACGAGGCUCCGACACCGGAAUAUGGAUCUGGGUAUGGGCGGAAACCCGAGUAUGAAGCUCCGAAACCAGAAUAUGGAUCUGGGUACGGGAGAAAGACCGAGUACGAAGCUCCGAAACCGGAAUAUGAAUCCGGAUACGGGAGGAAAAGUGAAUAUGAAGCUCCAACAUCGGAGUAUGAAUCUGGGUAUGGGAGGAAGACGGAAUACGAAGCCCCAACACCGGAAUAUGGAUCUGGGUACGGAAGGAAGACGGAAUAUGAAGCACCGGCACAGGAAUACGGAUCUGGGUACGGGAGGAAGACGGAAUAUGAAGCUCCGACUCCAGAAUAUGGGUCUGGUUAUGGUGGAGGGAGGAGUGAGUACGAGAAGCCCAAAUAUGGAAGGGAGGAAGGAGAGGGAUAUGGUGGAUCUUCUUAUGGUAGGACUGAAUAUGGAAAAAAGAGUGAUGAUGAAGAUGAAGGCUAUGGCCGCAAGAAAUAUGGUGGAAAUAAUUCUGAUUCUGAUGAUGAUGAGAAACGCCGUCAGAGGCACCACCACCACCAACGCAGGCACCAUGAUGAGGAAUAAGAUGAUUACUUUUCAGUUUUUAAGUUGAGCUCCCCCAUCUUUAUCCUUGGCUGUUAAAAUAAGGGGUUGAGAAUGUUUGGCGUAUAACCAUACCUGCUGCUUUAUGUUUUCUUGUAUGAUGGCUCAAUGAGUUGAUGGGCCUAUGUUAUUCUAUUAUGUACUACUAAACAAAACUCCUGUGUGUUUUCCUAUUGAAUGGAGUUUUUGUUGUUGUUUUGUUUCUA